CCAUUAGCCACAAUUCAUUCCAGGAGAGAGGAAAGAGAGAAAACAAAGAGUUCGAGUUAAUUUCAAAGACAUGGGGAAUAGUUUAAGAUGUUGUUUGGCCUGUGUUCUUCCCUGUGGAGCUCUAGACUUGAUCCGUAUAGUCCAUUUGAACGGAUAUGUCGAAGAAAUUACGGGUCCGAUCACGGCCGGCGAGAUCCUCAAGGCCAACCCUAAUCAUGUUCUUAGCAAACCAACCUCUCAAGGUGUUUUACGUAAGAUUUUGAUCCUCUCGCCUGAAACCGAGCUCAAGAGAGGCAACAUAUACUUUUUGAUCCCGUCGUCGUCGUUGCCGGAGAAGAAAAAGAAGAGUGUGCACCACAAGAAGCCUUCCAAUGAUUGCAACAAGAACAACAAAAGCGUCGUCGCUUCGGAUUGCGAUCCUUGCCUAGCAAACGUCAAGGUUUCAGAGAAGAAACAUUGCUUGCGAAAGGAACGCCGGCACAGCCGUGUCGGAUCGUGGCAACCGCAUCUGGCGAGCAUCUCCGAAGACUGACAGCCGUGCCGGGAUCUCAUUAACGACAAUCAUGCAAUGGGGACUUUUAAAAAAAAAAAUUAUAAUACGUGGGGUAUUGGUUUUGUGGAUAUGGAUUUACUUUUGAAUCCGUUUUUUCUUUUGGAUCUGUCGGCGUAUAACAAUGGCAGAUUCGAAAUUCCACAAUGUCAUGCUCCAUGGUGGAAACUAUAUGACGAUGAGAGUGAAAUAUUUGUAUUAAUUGGUAUUGUAUUUACACCCUCAAGAUGUAAGUAAAAUGUGCUUCGUUUUUC